GAGAGGCGCUGUCCCUUGCAGUUCCAGACAAGUGCCUGGGACUACGUGACCGCGCGCAGGUCUACAAUGAACCCUGCCGACUGAGUGGGAGGCUGCCGAGGAAGCAAGCAGCUCAGGGCACGAGCAGGACGGAAUGACGGUGUAAAUAAUAGGUGAAAAAGAAGAGCGCUUCUCUUGCUUUUCUGAAGCCGCUGCUUGCCUUCCUGCCCUUGUCGCUCCGGGUCCCCCAGAAAUGCAUGGAUCUGCACGCUCCAGACUUUAGAUCACGGUGUUUGAUUUCCACAAGGGACAUAUUACUGUAGGUUAAAUGAAGUAAGCGGCAAGAAAGCUGACAAGCAGAGCAAUUGAACUCCCGUUUCCUUAAUUCUGCCUAUUGCAUAAAGAGAAUCAACACACUUCAGUAGUAAGAAAAUCGCCUUUCAAAAUUGAAUAGACAUACCAAAAAGUAAUACGAAGACUCACAGAUGAAGUGUGAAAACUGCACCAAAACGGAAUGUAGUAAAAAACAGAAAAAUGAUGACAAGCAAAAUACAUCGGUUGAUGCCCUGAGCACAAAUAAUGAAAAUGAGGAGAAAAGUGAAUUCCAUAAAUUGGCUAGUGCUAAAAUAUUCCUUAGUGACUGCCUAGCUUGUGACAACUGUGUGACAUCAGAGGAAAGUGUCAGGAUUUUCCAGCAGAAUCAGAAGGAGCUCUUUCGCAUACUCAGUCUUAACAAGAAAUGUGAUAUCUCAAAACACAAAGUGUUGGCAGUGUCUGUUUGCCCUCAGUCAUUGCCUUAUUUUGCUGCUAAAUUCAAUCUCAGUGUAAACAAUGCAGCCAAGAAACUGUGUGGUUUCCUCAAAAGUCUUGGGGUGCAUUAUGUAUUUGACACAACUAUAGCUGCUGAUUUCAGUAUCCUGGAGAGUCAGAAGGAAUUUAUUCAGCGGUAUCGACAGCAGAACCAGGAGGAACAUGCCUUGCCAAUGUUUGCCUCUGCUUGCCCUGGUUGGAUCCGGUAUGCUGAAAGGGUGCUUACCAGCUCAGUGACACCACACAUUUGCACCGCGAAAUCUCCUCAGCAGAUCAUGGGAUCCCUGGUGAAGGGUUACUUCGCCAGGCAACAGAACCUGUCUCCAGAUAAAAUUUUCCACAUAAUCGUGGCUCCUUGCUAUGACAAAAAAUUAGAAGCCUUGCGGGAAGAUUUUUACAUCUCCUUGUAUAAUUCUCAAGAUGUUGAUUGUGUUCUAACAUCAGGUGAAAUUGUCCAAAUAAUGGAGCAGAAAAAUAUAUCUAUGAAAGAAGUGGCUGAAGUGGCUGUAGACAGUUUGUUUGGUGAAAUAAAGGAGGAAGACAUAGUACGGCAUGAUGGGAGGAGAUCUGAUGGGUACCUAGAGCACAUCUUUAAACAUGCUGCCAAGGAGCUCUUUGAUAUGGAUGUCAAGGAAAUCACUUACAAAACUUUAAAAAACAAGGACUUUCAGGAAGUCACACUGGAAAAGGACGGUGAGACAGUGUUGCGCUUCGCAGCUGCAUAUGGCUUUAGGAACAUCCAGAAUGUGGUCCUAAAGCUGAAAAAGGGAAAGUUCUUGUACCAUUUUGUGGAGGUUCUUGCCUGCCCUGGAGGGUGUUUAAAUGGAAAAGGCCAAGCCCAGACUGAAGAUGGAAAACCAGACAAAGUGUUGCUCAGCCAGAUGGAGGAAAUGUAUGCUGCAAUUCCUGUCAGGCUUCCAGAAACCAGCAUGCAUGUGCAAAAGCUGUACCAGGACUGGCUGGAAGGGCUGGACUCCAAGAAGGUUCAGGAAACUCUGCACACCAAAUACUGUGCAGUAAAUCAAACAGCAAGCAGCAUGGAUAUCAAGUGGUGACCAAUCAGGCUCACGAAAUAUGAAAAAACUUGCAUAGGUUAGUUAUAAACUCAGCGCUGGAAACAUUCUAUGCAAUUGGGGAUGCUACGCACUAGCCAAGUGUAAAAUCAAUACACUUUCUGAAUUGUGGAAUAUUACUUACUUUCCACAAAGAA